UUUGCCGUUGCGGACGUGUUGUUGACAAAAUAGACGUUUCUAAUCCUUAUUCUUUCACUUUCGAAAUUGUUUGUUUAUUUGAUAGUUAUCGCAAUCAUUAAUGGUCGCAUUUAUAAUACAGUGGUUAUGGUAUUAAGUGUUGUGGAUUUCAAGUUACAAUCUACAUCAGAACGUAGUCCUUGAAAUUAUAAUCCGUAGGAGUAUUUUGCAUGUGUAAAAUCUAUGGCGUCAUUAUCGCUUCCUCGAGUUCUCCAGCUAAAGAAGAAUAGUCUAGAUGCUGAGCGUGAACAGUUUGAAAAGUUUCAGACACUAGCUAUACAGAAAGCUAUUAACGCUAUCGAGACCCCGGUAAAGGAGAAACAUGUUCGGAGCACAAUCAUCGGAACGUUCCAGGAGCAGAGCGCGGUCACGUACUGGAUGGUGGCGAUCCGUCAGCCGCUGCAAGACAAUCGUAUCGUGGCAUGGAAGUUCUGUCACGUGACGCACAAGCUGCUGCGCGAGGGACAUCCCGCUUGUCUAGAUGACUCGCAGCGACACACUGGCAUGAUUGAGAACCUCGGCAAGCUAUGGGUGCACUUGCGCGAGGGCUACGGGCGGCUGGUGCACCUGUACUGCGCGCUGUUGGUGAGCAAGCUCAAGUUCCACCAGCGCAACCCACGCUUCCCCGGCAACAUGCAGCUCACCGCUGACGAGCUAGACGCAAUCGCAGAGAACGAUGUCAAUAACUACUUCCAACUGUGUGUGGAGUUAUUUGACUACAUGGACGAUAUUUUGAACCUUCAAGCAGCAGUAUUCGAGAGUUUGGGCAACGCGCGUGCUAACUCGAUGACGGCGAGCGGACAGUGCCGGCUGGCGGCGCUUAUCCCGUGCGCGCAGGACUCCUCGCACAUCUAUGACUGUAACGUGCGUCUGCUGUUCCGUCUCCACGCCGCACUGCCCGCGGACACGCUCGUCGGACACAGGGAGAGAUUCCGUCAGCAAUUCAAGAAGCUAAGUUCAUUCUACAAACACGCGAGCAGCUUGCAGUACUAUAGGAAUCUUCUCACGCUGCCAGUCUUGCCCUCCAAUCCACCGAACUUCUUGUUACAGAGUGAUUUUGGUACAUACGUGACUCCCGUAGUAUCAAUACCUGAACCACCGCCGGAUGAAGUAGACUCGGUUGCCUCUCUCAUAGACACGUCUGAUACUGUCAGUCAGGUGUCGCAUUUUGAGCAAGCGGAAUCUUUCGAUACAAGAACAACGCCGUCGCCGCAACCCGACCCUAUAGUAGAGAGAGACAGACUUAUAGAUCAUCUACAGAAUGAGCUUAAGCGAAUGAGGAGUGAAGUAUCGCAGUUAGUACAAGAGAGGAACACAAUGCUGGGAUCAAUGAGGGAACAUUGCACGCGACUUGAGUCUCAGCUACAAGCUACUAAGUCUGAAUUGGAAGAGGAGAAACAAAAAGCGGAAGUUUUAUCCGCUGAGACGCCAGAAAUCAAACAGAAAUUAUUGCAAACCGAAGAUAAGGCAAAGGUGAUAGAUGAAAAAUUUCAAAAAUUGAAAGGCGCCUACACUCAACUACGAGAAGAGCACAUCACAUUGAUCAGACAGAAAGCGGAGGUAGACAAGUUAGCAUCCAGUUUGCGCGCGGCCGCCGCACAACAUGAGAGCUCCAAAAUGAUGCUGCAGCAACAACUUAACGACAGAAUGAAAGAUGUGGAACUUCUCCAACAAAGUGCAUCGUCGAGUGAAGAAAUAGAAGCAUAUAAAAAUGAAAUUUCCAAUCUUCGGUCUGAUUUGGAAAAUUCUAGACAAAAAGAAGUGGAAUUAGAAAGUUUAAAGGCUUCAAUGGAAACAUUAGAGAUCGAACACAAAACAGCCAUGACGGAACAAAAGGAGAAAGUCAUAUUAGUUACGAAUGAAUUAAAAGAAGUGAAUGAAAAUCUAGAAAGAGUACAGAAGGAGAAAGAAGAGAAAGAGGCAGAACUAAAUAAAGCAAAGGAAGAACUUAAUGCUGUGAAAGUGGAAAGCGGUGCAGAUGUUAAGAGAAUAUUAGAAGAAAAAGAAGCAGCGCUACAAGAAGUCGCCGAGUUAAAGCAACAGUACCAACAGGAGAAAGAGAUGAUAUGUGCGAGGUUAGAGCACACGGAGACUGAGAGACUGAAUGCGGAGUGUGAAUUGCAGGAUUUGUUGCAACACAAUACAGUCUUAGAAGCGGACGUCGCCUCACUGAAAGCACAACUCGAGGAGGCGCAAUCGGAAAUUAAACGACAGAGAUGUCGAAUGUUGUCGUGUGCGGGCGAGGCUGCGCUGGCGGUGACUUGCGGCGCGCUGGAUGCGCACGAGCACGGCAGCGCGCGCGACACAUACCGCCUCGCAGCGGAACUCGCCGCCAAUGCACUUAACGAACUGGCCACACAUAAAGAGAUUAACGGCAACGAAGAAACUUUGGCCAAGUCAGCAGUAUACGCAGCGCACAACACGGCGCAGCUCUCCGCCUAUAUCAUGGAAGUAUGCAACGUGUCCACAGAUAUGGAGCUCUCCGAUAAGUUGAGCAACGAGUGCCGUUCAAUGCUGAGCGCGACGAAGACGUGCCUGGAGGGCGUGGCGGCGGGCAGGGUGGAGGCGGGGCUGUGCGCGGAGGCGCUGGGCGGCGUGCGGCGCGCGGCUGACAGCGCGGCUACUGCGGACGCCGCGCCCGCGCCCGGCAGCGUCGACGACGAGCUCGCCACUAUGGACACCGCCAUCGAACAAGCCGCUGCGCAGAUUGAGGAAAUGCUCGCCGCGAGCCGCGCGGGCGACUCGGGAGUGAAGCUCGAGGUGAACGAGAAGAUCCUGGACGCGUGCACGACGCUGAUGGGCGCGGUGAAGGUGCUGGUGCAAGACGCGCGCCGGCUGCAGCGCGAGCUCGGCGACACCAGCACCAGACAGAAAAUGUACCGCCGCAACCCGCAGUGGUCGGAGGGACUCAUCUCGGCCGCUAAGGCGGUUGUAUUCGCAGCUAAACUACUAGUGUCGUCAGCGGACGAGACGGUGAACGGCAAGGGUCGCGUGGAGGGCGUGUCCGCUGCGGCGCACUCAGUGGCGGGCAGCACGGCGCAGCUGGUUGCGGCGUCACGCGCGCGUGCACCUCCCGCAGCGCCCUCACUCGCCCGACUGACCGCCGCCUCCAGGCAGGUCGCCACCGCUGCCGGCGCAGUGCUCGCCGCCGCACGACACGCCGCAGACCUCGCCAGAGAUACCGAGGCACUUGAUACUUCGGCAUUGACGCUGACGGCGACACGAAUUUUAGAAAUGGAGAGCAAAGUUCGAGCUUUGGAAUUAGAGACGGCGUUAGAUAAGGAGCGCGCGCGACUCGCAGAGCUCAGGAAACGACACUACCAUUUGGCGCAACUUGAGGAGAACGGCAACAUGACGAAUGGUAAAGAAUAAUAUUUUUUUAAAGAGCCGACAUUGACAUGUAAAAGUAAAAAGGCGAAGUAAAUUAAGACAAAAUGUUUAAUGUCCACUAAACUGUGUACUUUUAUGAUUCCAUUUCGUUCUGCAUUUAUUUUAUAUGCAAAUACCACGAAUUGUAGAAAAUAGCGUGUGAAAAAAUUAGAAAACAUUCGGACACUGAUUAUAAAUUACAUUUUUGUAUAUAGCAACAAAUUAAAAUGAUUUAACACCUUUUUGUUUUUUUUUUAUUUGACUGGAUUUAAAUGGAGACAUGAAUGAUCAGACAAAAAAUUAAAUAAUUUUGGUUGUUAAAUUCCAUGUUUUUUUUAAUUAUGUACAUUCGGCACCAAAGUAUAGAUCUAGUUUUAUAUAAGUGUGUAUUCUUAAUCAACAUUUAUAUUCAAAUAUGCCAUUUAAAGUGUCUCCAGUGUUUACCACGAAAAUUGUAUAGAAUAUGACAAGCCAUAGCUUUAAGCGUAAAGACUUUGAUUGUGACGCAAUUAAAAAUGAAAUUCCCUUUUAUAAAUAAAUAUGUAGACAUAAAAUUAAUACUAAUGUUUAGAUUUUGUUUUUUUUUUUCGGAAACAAAGUAAUCAUGUGACAUUUUUAUACUUAAUCGGAUAUAAUAGGUGCUGGUGUAGAGCUGAUGGAUUAAAUCAGAUUAAUAUCGAUUGCUGUCUCCGUAACCCUAAUAUAGAACUUAUUUAUUUAUAAUUAUUUUAUUUUACACUUUAAUUAAUUGUAGUUGUUGUGUAUAACCCUUAUUUUAUAAUGAACUAACCUGACCUGUGUUACAGUAAUCUUUAUAAACUACAUAGAUAAAUAAAUAUUGCUACAUAA